UUGUGCUUGUUUUGAGUGAUUUUUAUUAGCGCGACGUCCUGGAGCUUUAGGCAUUUUAUUUAAAUAACAAACUAACUAACUUGAAUUUACUCCAGUUUUUAAGAGACAAACGGUCGUAAUGAGAGCUCUUUUUGUGGCACUGCUGCUUUUAUACGCGUCGGGGAGCGGGAAAGUGGCUGGCGCGAAGGGAAACCGCUUCGUGUGCACCGCCGUGCCAGCGGGCACCGACCUCAGUUGCCCGGUGGAACCGACCAACCGGGUCCAAAGCACAAGUCCGCAGGAGGAAGAGCUGCGGAAUACUAUCAUUCAGCUUCGAGAGACCAUCCUGCAGCAGAAGGAAACUAUCGUCAGUCAGCAGGGCACCAUCAAAGAGCUCAACUCCAAACUCGCGCGCUGCGAGGCGGACGCCAAGUCGCGGGGCAGCGCGCGCAGGAAGGAUUAUAGUAAAAACACGAUGGGCGAUCUGCCGCGUGACCCCACCGAGACUGUGGAGCAGCUGGGCAAGACCAUGCAGAGCCUCAAAGACCGUCUGGAGAACCUGGAGCAGCAGCUGCGUGCCAACACAUCAGGUGGGAUGUUUCCCAAUGAGCUGAGAGACCUGCUGAAGCACCGUCUGACUGACCUGGAGAGCCAGCUGCUGACCAGAGUGACCGAACUUGAGGAGGAAAAGAGCCAGCUGUAUAACGAGACGACCGCUCACCGACAGCGCACCGAGAACACCCUCAACUCACUGCUGGAGAGGAUCACCGAGCUGGAGAAAAGUAACAGUGCAUUCAAAUCUCCAGAGGACUUUAAGGUGUCUCUGCCUCUGCGCACCAACUACCUGUAUGGCCGCAUCAAGAAGAGCUUGCCAGAGAUGUAUGCCUUCACCGUGUGUAUGUGGCUCAAGUCCAGUGCCAGUCCUGGAAUCGGAACCCCGUUCUCUUACGGCGUCCCGGGACAAGCCAAUGAGAUUGUGCUGAUAGAGUGGGGAAACAGCCCCAUGGAGCUGCUCGUCAAUGAUAAGGUAGCUCAGCUUCCUCUCUCCGUGAGUGACGGCCGUUGGCAUCACAUCUGCAUCACCUGGACAACCAGAGACGGCUUCUGGGAGGCCUAUCAGGAUGGAGAGAGACUAGGGACUGGAGAGAACUUGGCCCCCUGGCACCCAAUUAAACCUGGAGGAGUCAUUAUCCUGGGCCAAGAACAGGACAUCGUAGGUGGAAGAUUUGAUGCCACUCAAGCCUUCGUAGGAGAGUUAAGCCACUUCAACAUGUGGGACAGAGUCCUGCGUCCUAUAGACAUCUCUGCUAUGGCCAACUGCUCAGCCUACAUGCCUGGCAACGUGGUGCCGUGGGUCGAUGCCAACGUGGAGGUAUUUGGCGGUGCCACAAAAGCAGCACUGGAGAUUUGUGAAGACCGUCUCUUCGAUUCCUAAGGACACGUCUGUCAAUUUGGAAGCAUUCUCGUUGAAGAGGUAACCCACGUCCCAAUACUGCUCUGGGAACUUACAAAGAUGGUUCAAAAGAAACACACGUUAAGAAAGGAUUAUUUCGUCCUCGAUUCUGCUUUAUGUUUGUUGAGACUUUGCUGUCAGCCUGACCAAUAACUAAAAUGACUGUGAUUAAUUAGAAAAAGAAAAAAAUCAGUCUGCACAUUCAAGGUGAAAAUAGAGUAUUUGUGGCUCUGGCUGAAGCGAAACUUUCUUGUUGAUAUUAUAUGUGCUUUUCUCUGUGUCGCGUCCUUCAAAAACUUCUUCUCUCCACAAACUCAUGGGUAUUUUAAGAACUGCAGUAAAAGAUGGAUUUUUUGCCAUUUACGCUUUGAGCUUUUGUCAUGUUGUGUAUAGGCUGAUGCCCUUCAAACCCCUGAAAAACUUCAACUGCAUAGUUUCAACAUAAGCUUUAUUAAAACUUAA